AUGGCUUCCGAACGUUUGUCUGAGGAGAAAAUCUCGGAAUUCAAAGAAGCUUUUUCCCUUUUUGACCGGGAUGGAGACGGCUGCAUCACCACCAAGGAGCUGGGAACAGUCAUGCGCUCCUUGGGGCAAAACCCCACGGAAGCAGAGCUGCAGGAGAUGGUGGGGGAGUUGGACGUCGACGGGAGCGGCACCGUGGACUUCCCGGAAUUCCUCUCCUUGAUGGCGAGGAAGAUGAAGGACACGGACAGCGAGGAAGAGAUCCGGGAAGCUUUCCGGGUCUUUGAUAAGGAUGGGAAUGGUUACAUCAGCGCGGCGGAGCUGCGGCACGUGAUGACCAACCUGGGGGAGAAGCUGACGGAGGAGGAGGUGGAGGAGAUGAUCAAAGAGGCCGACGGCAACAACGACGGGCAGGUCAACUACGAGGAGUUUGUGAGGAUGAUGACGGAGAAGUGA